AUGGAUGUCGACGGCGGUGUGGUGGCAGCGGGUCGGGCAGAGAUCGAUACGAGGGCGCCGUUCAAGUCGGUGAAGGAGGCCGUCGCGCUCUUCGGCGAGAAGGUGCUGGCCGGGGAGCUCCUCCACGGCGGCCGGCGAAUCAACACCGAGGUACGUGCUCUACCGGGCCACCUACAUCGAGUGACACCAUCGCCAAGACCUCCUGUUAACCACCAACACGCCGCUGCUGUGAUUGUCAAUGUCGCGGCGGCACCACCACCCCCGCGUCACGUACAGGUACCGACGACGAGGGAGCUGAACGACGCGAAGGACGAGCUGGAGAAGGAGCGGGAGGAGAAGCACAAGAUGGCAGGCUGCAUCCUGUCCCUCCAGGAAGAGCUGAGCAACGCCAUGAGAGAGCUGAAGAAGCUCAAGGCUCGUGACGAGGAGGCUCAGGCCAAGGUCAUUGACCUGCAGGUGGAGGACCUCAAGUUCAUGGAGAUCAACAAUCAGAAGCAGCAGCACCGGAACCAGAGCAUACCAACGAGCAGCGUCGACGUCAACAUGGCCUCGAAACACGCCGCCGAGUUCCAGAAGAAGCGGUACGUCACCUUCGCCGACCCGCCGACGGCCGCAUACGACCGGGCGCCCUCGCCGCCCCGAGCUCUGCCGGACGUGGUGCUGGAGCUGCAUCAUCAGCCGCAGUACGUGCCGUCGGGCCGGCCGCAGUACCGCGAGGUGCGGUUCCAGAGGCAGGUGUCGGCCGGGCACGAGACGGUGAAGAAGGUGAUGGCAGCCGCGGCGGAGGAGGAUGGGAGGAAAAAGAAGAAGAAGCCGCUGAUCCCUCUGGUGGGCGCUCUCUUCAUGAGGAAGAAGAAGAGCUCCUCGGGCGGUCACCACGACGACGGCUCGUCGGCGGUCAAGCCGCGCCCGUCGUUUUGA